AUGGCUGCGGAGGUGCCGAGAGCAGCCAGCCCCCUGAGCCCCGUGGUCCAGGUACCCCCAGAGGAGGACGAGCAGGAGGAGGAGGUCGCCACCAUGAUCCUGGAGGAUGACUCUUGGGUACAGGAGGCUGUGCUGCAGGAGGACGGCCCUGAGUCCGAGCCCUUCCUGCAGAGCGCUGACAAGGGCAGCCCCCCAGAGGAGGCGGCGGGAGGGCCGCAGGGUGCGCUCAGCCGCCUCCGAGAGCUCUGCCGGCGCUGGCUGAGGCCGGAGGUGCACACCAAGGAGCAGAUGCUGACGGUGAUGCCGAGGGAAAUUCAGGCCUGGCUGCAGGAGCACCGGCCGGAGAGCAGCGAGGAAGCAGUGGCUCUGAUGGAAGACCUGACCCAGACCCUUCAGGACAGCGAUUUCGAGAUCCAGAGUGAAAACGGGGAGAACUCCAAUCAAGACCUAUUUGAGGACGGGGAGUCGAGCGAGAUCUUCUCAGAAAUGCCGGAGGGGGAGGGCGUUCGGCGGCCCCGCUGGCAAAGCGACUGUAAGAGAGGCUGUGGCUCCCGGGCGCCCCGGAGGAAGGCCCCAGGUGGGGACCGCGGGCGGCUGCCGGCGCAGCGCAGGGGGGCCGGGCAGCUCAUCGGCCUGCAGGGCACCUACCUGGGCGAGAAGCCCUACGAGUGCCCCCAGUGCGGGAAGACCUUCAGCCGGAAAUCCCACCUCAUCACGCACGAGCGGACCCACACGGGAGAGAAGUACUACAAAUGCGACGAGUGUGGGAAAAGCUUCAGCGACGGCUCGAACUUCAGCCGACACCAAACGACUCACACCGGGGAGAAGCCUUAUAAGUGCAGGGACUGUGGGAAAAGCUUCAGCCGGAGCGCCAACCUCAUAACCCACCAGAGGAUCCACACGGGGGAGAAGCCCUUCCAGUGUGCCGAGUGUGGCAAGAGCUUCAGCAGGAGCCCCAACCUCAUCGCGCACCAGCGCACGCACACGGGGGAGAAGCCGUACUCAUGCCCCGAGUGCGGCAAGAGCUUCGGCAAUCGGUCCAGCCUUAACACGCAUCAGGGAAUCCACACGGGAGAAAAGCCCUACGAGUGCAAAGAAUGCGGCGAAAGCUUUAGCUACAACUCCAACCUCAUCAGACACCAGAGGAUCCACACGGGGGAGAAGCCGUACAAGUGCCCCGACUGCGGGCAGCGGUUCAGCCAGAGCUCGGCCCUCAUCACCCACCGGAGGACGCACACGGGGGAGAAGCCCUACCAGUGCAGCGAGUGCGGCAAAAGCUUCAGCCGCAGCUCCAACCUGGCCACGCACCGCAGGACCCACCUGGUGGAGAAGCCCUACAAGUGCGGGGAGUGCGGCAAGAGCUUCAGCCAGAGCUCCAGCCUGAUCGCCCACCAGGGCGUGCACACGGGCGAGAAGCCCUACGAGUGCCUGACCUGCGGGGAGAGCUUCAGCUGGAGCUCCAACCUCAUCAAGCACCAGCGGACCCACACGGGCGAGAGGCCCUACAAGUGCGGCGAGUGCGGGAAGUGCUUCAGUCAGCGCUCCCAGCUGGUGGUGCACCAGCGGACCCACACGGGCGAGAAGCCCUACGAGUGCCUCAUGUGCGGCAAGAGCUUCAGCCGAGGCUCCAUCCUGGUCAUGCACCAGAGAGCCCACCUGGGCGACAAACCCUACAGGUGCCCCGAGUGUGGGAAGGGCUUCAGCUGGAAUUCGGUUCUCAUCAUACACCAGCGGAUCCACACGGGGGAGAAGCCCUACAAGUGCCCCGAGUGUGGCAAGGGCUUCAGCAACAGCUCCAAUUUCAUCACACACCAGAGGACUCACAUGAAAGAGAAACUCUACUGAUGUGACAAGGAGGAACGGCGAGGGGGCCGGCCCCGGGGAGGGAACUGUCACCGUGCACAAUGCCCCCACGUGGGAUGUCUCACUGGAUAGAGGAGCCCUGCUUCCUGAGUGGCCUUUGGGGGUUUGUGCCAGAGUCCCCUGCUCGUCCUUCCUCAUUCCUAGGACCCCCGGGCGCAGAGGGCGGAGCCACACCCUGAGAACAGCUGGGCUGGGAGGUCGCACAGCUGGGUCCUCUUUCCUCUCACGGCUUGACUGGCUCCCUCUAGUGGCCCCUCUGUGCCCAGUUCCUCUGUGGUGGGGCAGGGCGGUGGUGGGACGAGACAGCCGGCCCACCCCCACCCAGUCCUCAGAGCAGUGCUGGCCAUCUGCUGGUGCGGCCAGGUGGGUGGGCGGGCUGCUGCCGGGCCUGGCUGAGGGGCCCUUGCCCAUGUCAGCACCAGCUCCCUCCCGGCUCUGUCCUGGGCUUUGAUUUCAGGUCAAGGGGGGGAGACUUCUCCAGUUCUGAGUCACCAUGUGAAGGUCAAGUCCUUUUUUCUUUUCUGGGAAGUGUCGGAAACACCGACCACGGGGUAGGUGCGGGAACCAGUGUCCCGGUAGCCUUUCCACCCACGGUGGGGCAGGCAGGCCUGCCAGGGGAGGUUGACGGUUGCUGGUCCACUGUUGUCCUGUGGCAAGUUGGCCGCCGGGGGCACGCACGAGUUUUUGUGGGGCUUGGUUUUUUGAGUGUGAAGGCAGAGACCCCCAGCUGUGUGCCGCUGGGGGGUGGCAGCUUCUCCCUCAGGGGGGGAAGAACCCCUCCCCCGGCUCCCUCACCUGCAGGGUGGGCCGGGUCUUACCCCCCCACCCCCCAGGACACUGCCCUCCAUAACCAUUACUCCGCACACCUAGCAUUCCCCAGUUUUUUUUUUUUUUAAUCUUACACGCACAGAACUAGAAUUCUGUCUGGUAGCUUUUGCACGACGAAGGUCAUUUCUAAGGAAGUCUUGGUUUUGAGGCCACAUCACCUGUCCCCAGGGCAGCCCUGGGCCUGAAUCAGGAGCUGUGCGUCCUCCGGAGGUUGCCCUCGGCCUCAGGGUGCCAGCAGGGCUUUGUUGGUGGGACCGUGAGCCCCCAAACCGUGCAGGUGGCCCUGAGAGCAGGUGGGGGGGUUUGCUGUGGAGAGAGUGAGUGCAGCUAUGGCGUCUCUGGAGGUCAAACCGCCUCUUCCUGCCACGGGCCUGCACUCAGAGCGGGCCCCGGUUCUCACAGGGUGGGUGCUCGGUGCUCCCUAAUAAAGUAGAGUCUGUUCUUCUCCUGA